AUGGCAUUGCCCCUCGCAUGGCAUUGCCCCUCGCAUGGCAUUGCCCCUCGCAUGUCAUUGCCCCUUCGCAUGGCAUUGCCCCUCGCAUGGCAUUGCCCCUCGCAUGGCAUUGCCCCUCGCAUGGCAUUGCCCCUCGCAUGGCAUUGCCCCUCGCAUGGCAUUGCCCCUCGCAUGGCACUACUGCGCAGCUACACCAGUCUGUCGCACGGUCCUCUUCCUCCUCUCCGCGUGCUUCGUUUUCGUGCCUUAUCCCCGGCUGGCAAGGCGGCGCCGGCGGGGAAUGGCGGCGCCAACGGCUCAGAAUCGGGGAUGGGCUCUGCUGCAGAGGCCCCCGCCGAGAUGACCCUCCUCCCUCAUCUUCUGCUCUCAUCUCUCCCUCCCCUCAUUCCCUCCUCUUAUUCCGUCCCCCAACCCCGCCGUCGCUCGCGACCCCCCGCUUCUUCCCUCCCCCCCACUGCUUUCCCCCUUCCGCCCUUCCCCCGCAGGCGGCGGGACGUGUUGGACAUAGUGCGCAAGCAUUCCGACGCCCUUCCGCGCCCAGGCGCAGCACAACCAGGCGCUGGCUCCCCCCCCGCGCAGCAGGGGGCGCAGGGGGCGCAAGGGGCGCAGGGGCAGGCGCAGAGCGCGGGGGGGGGCGCGGAGGAGAACGGCGUGGAUACAGCGACCGUGUUAAUGGACGGUCGAUAUUGGCAGCAGAUGCUGGAUCUGUAUUUCGUUAGAGAUGACGGGAAGGGCCAUUCUGCGGGGAAGGGGGGGAAAGGGGGAGACGCGAACGGGGGGGACGGAGAGGAGGGGAGCAGCAGCGGGGAAGGGGCGAAGGUGAAGAAAGCGGAUGCGCUGUUUGAUGACAUGCUGUUCUUCGUGAGACAAGAGAAAUCAACCUUUGGUCACAUACUCAACUUCAUCGGAUCCCUCAUGCAAGCGGAGGGGCCGCCGACUGAGGAGGCAGAGAAGGCAAAGCCCUUCUUUGUGCGCCGCUGGGGUCCCGAUUUGGCAAAGGUGGUGGGCGAGAGUGCAGACGAGGUGGACUGGCGGCGCUCCUUCUAUCUCAACCUCAUCUGCCACACAGAGUUCACACUCACCGUCGCCAUCUGCAGUCGACAGGACCUGGAGGCGCAUCGCAUGUCAAGCAAGGCCCCUGUGCACCCCAUAUCGAAGGUGACAAAGAGGGUCUUUGCAUCGCCCAGCAAGGCGCGUAUAGACGUGGACACGUCCAAGGCACAGGAGACGUUGCCCUCCUUCCCCGAGAUCUGCUUUGCUGUUGACGAUUAUGACAACACCUUUGAGGCCGUGGUCUUGGAGGACCCCGACCACUGCUUCUGUGUCAUGCUGAACGCGCACGGAGGGGCGGCGUUCCCCCCGGACGAUGUUGUGGAGAAGGUCAACCCGGACGGGUCCCGGCGCCUGUUCCGGCGCGGCACCAGCAGCGAGGCCAAGGCGCUUGGGGAGGCCACGGAUGGGCAGCCCAAGAUCACGCUCUUCUCGGGCUUUGUCAGCUACCCGCUCGUCCGCUCCGCCUUCCAGGGGGGGAACACGGGGUUCAGCAUGUGGGGGCAGGUGCAGCCGCCCAAGCCAGAGAAGCUGGUGAUGAGAGGGCCAGGGGGGAGAGGGGAGGCGGACGUUGCUGUCUCUCUCGUGCUGCCUGCCCCCGAGGUGCACCCAGAGGAGACCGAGAAGAAGCGAAAGCCGAGGGAGAAGAAGAAGAAGGAUGGGGACAACCGCCACCGACCCUCUCUCUCUGAGCUUCAAGGCAAGCUAUGGUCGGUGCAGUCAGAGUUGAUGGCUCUUGUGGAGGCUCAGCAGCAGCAGCAGGAAGAGGUGGAGAAGGACAAGGCGAAGGGGAAGGGGAAGGAGGCGGCGGAAGAGGCGGAGGAUAGGAAGAGAAAGAAGGAGGAGAAUCAGCAGCGGUUGCGAGAGCUUCAGGUGGAGUUGAAAUCGGUGCAGGAGCAGCUGCAGAAGUUGGGAGGUGGCGGGGAGAACGCAGGCAGUCCGAAGCACGGGGGGAAGGACAAGGACAAGGAGAGGGACUCGUCGGGAGGAGGAAGCGGGAGCGGUAGCGGUGGCGGUGCUGGGGGGCGGAUCUCGGGGUUUUUCAAGAAGGUGACGCAGACACCUCCUAAGCGUACAAUGGUUCAUGAUGAUUUGGAGGAUGCUGGUUCCCCUGGAGGAAUAACGGCUGCAGGAGGAGGAGCGGCAGGAGCGGCAGGAGCAGGAGCUGGAAGUGCUCUUGCUGGCACCAGCAGUGGUGGCAGCGGCAGCGGCGGUGGUGGUGUUGCUGGUGGUUCGGCCGGUGCUUCUGGUGCUGGUGGUGGGUCGUCGGGAGAUGGGGGAGGGAAGGGCAAGGCAGCAGCAGCGGGGCCGGCAGUGCAGCCGCUGCGGUGCUGUCUCAUCUCACUCACUCUCCCAUGGGACCUCCUUGCCUUUGACCUUCUCUUCAAGCCCACCUUCCCCCCUCCCCUCUCCCCCCUCCCCCACUCGUCCGGUACAUGUGAGCAGGAGAUGCCGAUCAAGAUUGACAUUGGUGGACGGGUCUUCCCCCCCACUCGACCCAGACCUGUUGUCUCCGCUUAG